CCGGAGCGGAGCCGGGGCGGAGCGGGCCGAGCGGGCCGAGCCAGCAGCCGAGCUGGGGGCGCGGGCGGGCGGCAUGUACCGGGCCCGGGCGGCGCGGGCGGGGCCGGAGCCCGGCAGCCCGGGGCGCUUUGGGAUCCUCAGCACCGGGCAGCUGCGGGACCUGCUCCAGGACGAACCCAAGCUGGACCGGAUCGUGCGGCUCAGCAGGAAGUUCCAGGGCCUGCAGCUGGAGCGGGAGGCAUGCUUGGCCUCCAACUACGCCCUGGCCAAGGAGAACCUGGCCUUGCGGCCCCGCCUGGAGAUGGGCCGGGCGGCCCUGGCCAUCAAGUACCAGGAACUCCGGGAGGUGGCUGAGAACUGUGCAGACAAGCUGCAGCGACUUGAGGAGAGCAUGCAUCGCUGGAGCCCCCACUGUGCGCUGGGCUGGCUGCAGGCUGAGCUGGAAGAGGCUGAGCAAGAGGCGGAGGAGCAGAUGGAGCAGCUGCUGCUGGGCGAGCAGAGCCUGGAGGCCUUCCUGCCCGCCUUCCAGCGGGGCCGGGCCCUGGCGCACCUGAGGCGGACCCAGGCCGAGAAGCUGCAGGAGCUGCUGCGGCGUCGUGAGCGGUCUGCCCAGCCAGCCCCCCCUGCUGCCACGGACCCCCCCAAACCCUUCCCAGCUGCAGCUGUCCUGCCCACUGGGGCUGCCCGGGGGCCACCAUCAGUGCCCCGGAGCCUGCCCCCCUUGGACUCCCGCCCAGUGCCACCGCUCAAGGGCUCCCCCGGGUGCCCUCUUGGCCCAGCCCCUCUGCUGAGCCCUCGGCCCUCUCAGCCAGAGCCCCCCCACCGGUAGGAUCCAGGGUGCGGCCCCCCAGCAGGGGGCCCAGACAAACUUGAUUCGUGGCUCCUCCUCCUCCCCCACUGCCUGGGUGGGGGGAGGGGCAGGCCCCUCCCCCUGGCCUCAGGCAGGCCCUGGCCCUGGAGGCUGAGCUGGGGAGGAGGGUCACCCCAAGAGGCCCACAGAGGGCUGGGGUUGGGUGGGCAGGGUGUUGGGCCUCGGGCACUAAGGAAACUCUGCCUUUUUGUCUCCCUGGCUGGGGCCUCUGGGGUGAUGGGCCAGCCCCGAUGAGGCCUGGGAAGGUGCCCCCUUCCCCUCAGGGCCUGUCGCACCCUACCACUCCACUGGGCGUGCACAAUACCAGGGCGACGGGGAUGUUUCCCGCACGUCUUGAGCCUACCUUCCCCGUUCUGGGGCCCACCACCUAGGAGCCAGGUGGUCAAUGGCCCAGCUGCGGGGGCAGGGACACCACCGCCCUGGGGCUGCUACGUGCGCUCAUGCUCCAGACCCUGGGGCAAGGUAGGCCAGGGCUUCUGACCUGCGCAGGUGAGAGUGGGCCAUCCCCAGGAAAGACCAUUCUGUAUUUUUCUGUCCCUGUCUCCUUAGAAUGGAACCUUUUUGAGGGCAGGUCCUUGUCUUUGUAUGUUCUGUCCCCAGCCCCGCCUCCUAGGGGCCGUCAAUAAAUGUGAUGAUGAGGAUGA